CCCUAAUCAAGUUUACAGGAAAAACAAGUGCACUCUCCUUUAUAGAUCGAAUGUUUUUCAGCCCGAGCUGUGGAAGGGAAGAAACUCAAGCGGAAGGAUUGAGUUCUGGUGCUGAUAGGUUACUCAUUAUCUGUUCCUGCCUGGCUGCUGGUAAUGUCAUUGACCCGCUGGUAACAGGCCUUUCGUCUUUGUGCUCCGUUGGGACGUGAGUUGAAAUUUGCGAUUGUAGGGUCACGUCUGGUCUGGUCGUCUAGAGUAUUUUCUGCUCCCUUCCCCACGACCAGAUUAGCCAGGCCUGCUAAUUGGAGGUAAUGGAUUGGAGUUGGCUCCCCUCCAUGCUACUGGGUGCCGGCUGCGUAGCUUUAGGUUAUUGCAUUGGCUCUCGCCGCCAUGUUUUCGCCUUUCUCCGGCCGAAACUGGGUAACGGUUCCAGUGGUAAGAGCGCCGGCAAACGCAAGUCGAAGGAACCCCUUGAGAUUGAAAAGCUCGCAGAUAUUCUCGAAGACUUCAAAAUGGUUCUGGUCGUUCGGAAUGAUCUUAAGAUGGGAAAAGGCAAAAUCGCCGCACAGUGUAGUCAUGCAACUUUGGGACUUUAUAAGAAGCUGCUUAACCGAGGACCAAAGGCUUUGAACAGGUGGGAGAUGUGUGCACAGCCAAAGGUGGUUCUCAAAAUUGACACUGAGGAGGAUAUGCUUCUUUUGCAAGAGAAGGCUAAAUCACUGAAAAUACCUAGCCACAUAACUAUUGAUGCAGGGAGGACUCAGAUAGCCCCAAGUGAGUAGUAAACCUUGUUUCUUUCUUCUGUUUUUACCAGUUUGUGUUAAAUUUUUUUCCUUCACUUUCUUAUGAUGCUAGAGUAUUAUCUUAAACUUUCCUAGUAGAGCUUUCUUCCAUCCUUGUAAACCCUUGUCUUUGUUUGCUUAGUAAGUCAGCCCCAACGGGUUACGGUGAUAGAUAUCUAUAACAACUCAGCUUUGCUGAAAGGCCAGCAUUAUCAUUAUCAUGUGCAGCCUACUGCAAAAUUUACACCGAGAACAGAGGUGCCAUAUAUCGUGCCAUUGCCAAUACGCAUUAGUCUAUUUUGAUAUAUGUAUUUUUCCUUGUUUCAUUGUUUCAGCUUGAAUCUUAAAUGUUUCAAGUUAGGGGUGUUAUCUGCACUUUCCUUGUCUGCAGAGGAAGUCCUUUAUAAGCUGUCUUGGGACUUAUUACUGGAAUGGGAUUAGGUUUCUUGCUGCAGAAGUUUGUAACUCUUAUAGAAGGACAUUUUCCUACAGAAUUUGGCAGUUUGGAAUUGAACUAUAGAGUCUUUUGACUUUAUUUAUUUGAUAGGAUUCUGAAAAUCCUUUUCUGGGUGAAUUCUCAAACAAAGUUCUGGUCUUUGAUGGGAGAGGCAGCCGCCUACUGUUUCUGCUAGUUCCGGCAACUAUCUCGAAUCAGACCCUUAUCUUCCAUACAUUUUCUUUGUUUAGCAAUCCCUAGGUACAUUAAAUACAGUGUGUAGGUUUGUUCAUUUGCAGUACCAUCCCAAUGUACCAAAAGUGAAAGUAUUUGCCACUUUGGGGUUACUUUCAAAAGGCUCAUGAGCCAAUUAUUCAUCCAAGUGAGAUAUGUUAGCUGCAGAGGUGGUAGCUUGGGUGAAAGGGAUGUAGAUGGGCAAAAUUAAUCAAAUCGAGGAGGAAGUAGAUGUUGUUUCUUUGUCUUCUGUGAUAGAUAUGAAUAGACGCUUGUUGUAUAUUUGUCCUGCCUUGAUAGUUAUUGCAGUUUUGUUAUCAUUUAAGACCAGCGUGGGAUGUGAAAUAACAUGUUAGCAAUUUUUGUGGCAGAUUCUAGGACUGUGAUGGCUCUCCUUGGUAAGAACACUCACCUCAGCUUGCUCUUGGCUUUGAUCUGUACUGGAAACGGAUGGAUGCCUGGUUUGGCAGCUUCCUUUUGCUAAUUGCAGCUGUUUGUAUUUGUUUUGGGUUGUGGGGGGUCUUUUUCUUUCCCAGUAGAAGUAACAGAGUAAGUUAUAUUGUGCAGGACCCGUGGAGGUAGUAGAUGAGGUCACAGGAGGUCUAAAGCUGUUGUAGGCGUUCAGGUACGCCCAGUGAACGGGGCGAUACAAAACACAACGUACCACCGGCACCAAGGUCAUUUUUGUCCCCGGGCCUAUGAUCUUAUUGUCAUUUAGCUGCGCUGUUGCCAGCGACAACCGCCGCUGGGUGUCGUAGGGUCGUAGACAUUGUCACUGUCAUUUUGUUCAGCAUUUCGGUUCGUU